CUUUUCCCUCUCUCCGUGCAAAAUACCGGGAUAGACAGAAGGACGUACUAGUCUGAAGCUACAUUGGGCUGCGGUAUCCAGGACCCCUCGCUAUGGGCAGCCAGGAAGCAGAGACCCAGGAGACUUUGCAAACCCCAGUUCUAGAAAAUGGCAGACCAGAAGUUCCCCGUGAAGAGUCAAGUAGGUUUACCAGAGAUCAGCUCUUCGCAAUGGUAGCAACAGCUUGUUUGAACUUCAGUUCAAUGAUUUGCUAUUCAAUCCUGGGACCCUUUUUUCCAAGAGAGGCAAAGAAAAAGGGUGCCAGUGAUACAGUUGUUGGACUGAUUUUUGGAUGCUUUGCUUUAUUCAAUUUCUUGACUUCUUUAAUAUUAGGCAAUUAUCUUGUACAAAUUGGAGCCAAAUUCAUGUUUGUGGCUGGGAUGUUUGUCUCGGGAUGUGUUACAAUUCUGUUUGGUUUGUUGGACAAAGCACCUGAUGGACCAGUAUUCAUUGGCUUGUGUUUUCUGGUUAGAGCGAUGGAUGCCAUAGGCUUUGCUGCAGCAGUGACAGCUUCAUUUUCUAUUCUUGCAAAGGUUUUUCCCAAUAAUAUAGCUACAGUAAUGGGCAGUCUUGAAAUUUUUACAGGGCUUGGACUAGUGCUGGGCCCACCUAUAGGUGGCUUUUUGUAUCAGUCCUUUGGCUAUGAAGUCCCUUUCAUAGUGCUAGGAUGCUUAGUGCUGAUCCUGGUGCCUCUGAACAUGUACCUCUUACCAAAAUACGAUGCAGUCGCUACCAAGGAAUCAUUCUGGAUGCUCAUUACUCUGCCAAAAGUUGUAUUUCUCUGUUUUACUAUAUUUUCACUAAGUGCGUGUUUAGGCUUUCUGGAUCCUACUAUGUCACUGUUCGUUUCAGAGAAGUUCAAAUUACCAGCUGGUUAUGUGAGGUUAGUAUUCCUAGGUUUGGCACUCUCCUACUCCCUGUCUUCACCAUUGCUUGGGUUUCUAAGUGAUAAAAUGCCACACCUAAGGAAAUGGUUGUUGGUCUUUGGGGGCUUACUGACCGCACUGUCCUUUUUCCUGUUAGGACCGGCUCCCAUCUUGCACAUUGAAAGCACACUCUGGAUGUUUGUCCUAAUGCUGGUUUUGACUGGCUUUUCCCUUGGGAUGUCUGGUAUCCCACUGUUCCCUGAGAUGCUGCAUUGUGCUUAUGAGAAUGGAUUCGAGGAGGGGUUAAGUGUGUUGGGACUGGUGUCUGGGCUCUUCAGUGCAAUGUGGUCACUUGGAGCUUUUGUAGGACCAACAUUAGGUGGAUACCUAAAUGAGAGGCUGGGGUUUGAAUGGGCUGCCGCCAUACAAGGAGGAUGGGCGUUCUUAAGUGGACUAGCUAUUGGAAUAUUCUAUAUCAUAGAGGCCUUACGAAGAAGAAGGAGAUCCAAUUUGCAGAUCCCUCUGGGCACAAAUGAAGAAAGAGCUCACCUAUUGGCUAGUGAGACAUAGCCAGGAAUACUUCUGGAUCAACAUUCUUCUUUUUUGUUUUUGAUUUUUUAGUUAACUUAGUGAUGAGAAGAGUGGACUUAACAUCCAAACAGUGUUGCAUAAUUCUAGAGCUGGGGGAGCCACUUCCCAUAAUGCAUAACACAUUGUGGAUUAUUUGUAAUGGCAACAUAUUGCCACAUUGCUGUCCUGAUGCCCUAUUUAAAUACUGCAUGCCUUUCUUUUGGAUGUUCCUGCUGUGGAUUGGUUGAACUGGUAAAUCAGAUGUCCGCCUACUUAUCUGUGUUCACAGUACAGUGCACUGAAGAGAGAUUUUGCACAAUGUGAAAGAAUUGUUUCAGAAUGUUCUGUUCUUGUACUUGAAUCUGCUGGGGACUAUCCCAGACUGUCUGUCACUACCGUGUUUUAUUGUAAUGUGCAUUUUCCUUUUUAAAAAAGGAAAAGAAUGGUUAAAAUAUCAUAUCUGAUAACAUUAGAUGUUCAAAGGGAAUUUGAAAUAGUGAAACAGUGAGUGUAAUACUCUGUUAAAUAAAACCAGGUAACUUCUUAUUUCUAAA